UAGCUUCAAACAGUGGCAGAAUAAGUUCCUUCUUUUAAUUAAAUCUCUGUGUGGAGGCUGUGAAGAGCAGGUAGACAAUUCUGUGCUCUGUAGACAUUAAAGAUACUCACUGGAAAGAAGCUGAGUGAACAUUAUGGAGAACAAGAUGGCUGAUCCAUACAGUGACGACAUUCAUAUCUCCAGAGAUAUGAAAGAAAUCCCGACUUCUCCACACUUCUCAAUGCAGCCUCUCCCACUGACCAUUAAACCAAACAAAUGCAUGGGUUUCAGAGAUUAUGAAUCAGGAAUUACAUAUUCUACAAAUGACAUAUCUACAGUAAAUAUAGAAAGACUCACUGCAAAUUCUGAAGGAGGAUCACGUAAGAGAAAAAGUACCCCCACUAAAGUCAUUCAUACUGUUCAUUCAGAAGAUUUACUGACAGAAAUCGAUGAACCUGAAGACAUCAAAAUGGAGUUGCCAUCACCAAAACCCAUGGCUGAAAUGAUAGACUUAAGUAAUGUAGGGUUUCAGUUGUUCAGAACUUUUGACCACCUCGGUAAUACAGGCUUGAAGCAUGAGUCUAUUAAACAUAAUUUAAUGUGGCCUACCAGUCCUCUGAUGAUGCAUCCUUCUCGAGCAUACUUUUCCAAUGUCACUCCAGACUUUAUGUUCCCUUUUGUUAUGGCACCAUCAAAUCUGCAUUUCAGGUAUCCUCUUCAUCAGAAUGGUCCUCUGGGAAGUCUGAGUGGUGGGAUACCUAGCCGAGAAGAAAAGAAGAACACGGUUGAACGGGUUGAUGUUAACAUUCAAAUCGAUGACAGUUAUUAUGUUGAUGUAGGUGGCAAUCAAAAACGCUGGCAGUGCCGAAUGUGUGAGAAAUCAUACACUUCCAAGUACAACCUGGUAACACAUAUUUUGGGACACAGUGGUAUCAAGCCCCAUGCUUGUUCCCAAUGUGGAAAACUCUUCAAACAACUGAGCCACCUACAUACUCACAUGCUCACGCAUCAGGGUACUAGACCUCACAAGUGUAAUGUUUGUCACAAAGCAUUCACCCAGACCAGCCAUCUUAAACGACAUAUGAUGCAACAUAGUGAUGUGAAGCCAUAUAAUUGCAGCAUUUGUGGCAGGGGUUUUGCUUAUCCAAGUGAGCUCAAAGCCCAUGAAACCAAGCAUGAGAAUGGUCGAGACAAUAUUUGUGUAGAGUGUGGACUUGACUUUCCUACCCUAGCCCAAUUAAAGAGACAUUUGACAUCACACCGUGGUCCUACAUUGUAUCGCUGUGAUGAAUGUGAGAAGACUUUCCAGUAUCCAAGUCAGUUGCAAAAUCACAUGAUGAAACACAAAGAUAUCCGCCCAUAUAUCUGCACUGAAUGUGGCAUGGAAUUCAUUCAACCCCAUCACCUCAAGCAGCACUCCCUGACUCACAAGGGUGUAAAGGAGCAUAAAUGUGGAAUCUGUGGACGUGAGUUUACGUUGCUGGCCAACAUGAAGCGACAUGUCCUUAUUCACACCAACAUCCGAGCCUACCAGUGCCAUCUUUGCUUCAAGAGCUUUGUGCAGAAACAAACAUUGAAGGCACACAUGAUUGUCCACUCUGACAUCAAACCUUUCAAAUGCAAGGGAACAGCAGCACCCAAUGAGCUAGCACAGAUCUUCUUAGCUCCACCUCCACCUCCAUCUUCACCUCCACCUCCCCGCUGCUCCGAACUCUCCGAGGAAGCAAGGUCACGUUGCUAUCUCUCAACCUUAGGCUUCAGGAGGAGAGGGCGAAUUGGAAUUGUACAGAACAAUCUCAUGAGCAACUUUGUGCAGGAAGAGCCCUUUGAUCUUUCUCAAAAGAGCAGAAUAAAAAUAUCAUCACAGUCCGAUGGGGAGAGUGCAAAAGGCAGCUCUUGUCAAGAAGAAGAAGAAGACAACUACUAUACAAUAGACCAGUACAGCCCUGGUAUGUAUUGCAGAGCAGACAAACUUUAUUUGCCAGAAGAUUUAUCCCAGAAACCAGGACGACUCAUUCAAGACUUCAGAGAUUCAGAUAACGAAGAGCAGGACAAAGUGGGUGUGAUAAAUGAGGAAGAUGAAGACUUGAUGACCCAUGGAAAAUGUCUGCAGAAUGGAACUGUAACUGACAAACAUAGCACUGCAGCUAUGCACUAUCUAUUUGAUAUCAAUGAAAGCUAUAAGGAAUUUUGUCUUGACAGAAGAUAUAGCCCAGUGUGAGAAGCACAAGGGUAAUAAAAUAAAACUACUAUUUUGAUUAAUAAAUCUGCAAAAAAAGGACUAUGUAAACAUAAAUAUGAGCUGCACAGUAGCUUUAGCUUAUGAUGUUUAUAUUUAUUUGGAUCAUGCAGUUCAUCGGUGUGGACCCUAUCUGAUCAUAGGGCCCCAAUCUUCACAACUUCCUCUUUCUGCAAAAUUGCAACCAGUUGCACUAACACUUUAUGCAAAGCUCUUAUAACUACCCAAAGCUGCAAAUUUUAGUGUAUCAUCAAUAGUCAAAAUAUCCAUUUGAUAAACAUAAGGAAGACAUUACUGUUAUCUGUUUAAUAAUGGCUGGGAUAAACCAACUGACUUUAUUCACUGCACAUUUAUGAACAGAUUUUAUCCAGCCCGUGUCACUACAGGGGUAUGAAGAGAGCACUUUGCUUGCCAUCUUCAUAAGGAUAGGGAAUGUGCAGGGACACUGCAAGUCUGUUCGAUAUGCAAAUUAUUACUGAUAUUUCUCCUGAUAUAAUUUUGAGUAUUUGUUUUAAAUAUACAUAUCAUUGUAAUUACUUACCAGAUAUUAGUCAGUUACAUUUUUGUGUAUUUUUCUGGUAUAUUUUCUAGCUUUGAAGUAUAUCUGUAAAUUAUGUCUUCCAGUGAAAAUCUCCCAAUUAUUACAAUGCAUGCAAAGUCAUUUAAGUAAUAAAAUACACUUGCUGAAGUAUGAGGCAAUGCCGGAACUAUUACAAACCAAAUACAAAUGGAGAAAAUAUGUAACCGUAAAAUAAUCAUGAGUUUCUAGUGAAAUGGAAAAUCUCUUAUGCUUGUCAUCUGUAUCUGAUCUGAAAUAAGAUAAAGAAAGAAAAGAAUGCUUUUUUAUGAGAUACAUGAAUGCCUUGUGGUUUGUCUUUUUAUUUUGUUCUUGUGAAGACUUGAGGAACAUUUAUUUAAAUUCCUGCAUAAUUCAAGUCAUCCUGAAAUAAACAUUGACUUUGUUGCUCAGCAAUGGUAGCCUCACUUUACAGCUGAAAUACUUGAGUUCCGGUGCUGGCUCAUGCUUGAAAGCUGCCAUUUCAACAUGAAAUAAAAUUAGUUGUUUGUAGCCAGGCCUCACAAUGCAGAAGAUAUCCAUUUUUUGGGAGAGAUGGUGGGGAAUGUGUUUACUUCUCUGCCGAAUGCAUAUCCAUUGGUUGUGCCAUUGCUGUGAGAGAUCAUGCUCAGAUUUGUUCAUAUAGAUUUAGAGUUGAAAGAAGACUGAUUGAAAGCAAGCAAUCAUGGUUGAAAUGGUAGAAAAGGGGGAGGAGAAUUAGGUAUAAAUGUAAAUAUUAAGUAUUUGCUCAGAGAAUAUUGAAAUAAUAUGCUGUCAUUUAAUCACGCACGCAUUUAUAAAAUUCUUUUGAACAAAAUACUGGUUACAUGCGUUAGAAAUCAUUGUUAUCUAAUGUUAUUCUAAACUUUAAAGCACAUAUGGUAAGGGACUAAUAUGGAAUAUAUGUCAUGUUGACUAAGUGCUUGAUGCUCUUCAUCAACAAUUGAUGUGGAUAUCAAUGCCACAACAUUGUACUCUUCCGAGAUACCGCACUCAUUUUUUUCUCAAUAUUGACAAGACUAACAUUUCCAGCACUUUUUCAAAGUAAUUAAUAAAAUAAUUAUGAUCUGCA